AUGUCAACUACAAAGUGUCGUAUUUGCAAUGAGCAGACUAACGAAGAAGAUGUUCAGGAACUAAGUUGCCACCAUACAUUCUGUAAUUUGUGCAUGACCGUAUACCAAGGACUACUGUGUCCAGUUCGUUUCUGUGAGGGUACUCGUUCCACUGACGUCAUUGUGGAUGAGAUGGAAGGCAAUAAUGGAUCACAGAUCUCGUUUGGAGCUGCCACGUCGACACUCUUCAAGAUUGAUAUGAGAGAGAAAUUGAAAUGCGAAGCCCGCAAAAAAGGACACGCCUGUGAGAAUAUUGCCAGAAUGGUACUCACGCAUUGUCGUCAUCGCCUGUGCUAUGAUUGUCUUCUGAAUCGUGUCAUGUUUUCGUUGGAGAACAAAUUCCCACCGAGAUGUGCCAUCAGUCGUUGUGCCAAUACGCUGUCAUGGUCAGAGAUCCAAGCAAUGGCAUGCCACACGAAUCAAUUUCAACGCAUCCAUGAACUGGCUCAAAAACAAUCGAUAAUGCUCAUUCUACCCUGUGAAAAACGUCCAAACGAAUCAGAACUUUUGAUUGAGUGUUAUUUGUAUACAAAUGAGAAUAACAUGAAAACGAUUGUCCUUCCAAAGCUAAUUGUAAUUGGAGAUGCAAUCACAGCGAUCGUUCAGCUAUUGAGAGUUUGCACAUCGAAACCAUUGUCGACAAUUGAUGUGUAUUUGAGGAAAAAUUGUGUGGAGAAACGGGGAAAAUACAAGUAUGAGAAGGUUCCGAAUGAUGGGAAAAUGACGAUUAAAGAUGUGGGAUGGGCUGAGAAACAGGGUGGAGGAGAGGUUUUGAAGUGA